UUUGGUUUUUCUGUUCUAUUUUAAAACAGGCCUCGAUGUCAAAAGUGAAGCAUGCCAGCGAUUUUUUCGAGAUGGGUUAACAAUAUCUUUCACAAAAAUCCUUACAGAUGAGGCAGUGAGCGGCUGGAAGUUUGAAAUUCAUAGAUGUAUUAUUAACAACACUCAUCGACUAGUAGAACUCUGUGUGGCCAAGCUGUCCCAAGAUUGGUUUCCCCUUCUUGAACUUCUUGCCAUGGCCUUAAAUCCUCACUGCAAAUUCCAUCUGUACAAUGGUACUCGUCCCUCAGAAACAGUUCCUGCAGGAGUCCAGCUCGCUGAAGAUGAACUUUAUGCCCGUCCUCCUGACCCACGAUCACCAAAGGGUUGGCUAGUAGAUCUUAUCAACAAGUUUGGCACAUUAAAUGGAUUUCAGAUCUUGCAUGAUCGCUUCAUGAGUGGGUCAGCAUUGAAUGUUCAGAUAAUUGCAGCUCUCAUCAAGCCAUUUGGACAAUGUUACGAAUUUCUAACAUUACAUACAGUGAAGAAAUACUUCCUUCCAAUUAUAGAAAUGGUUCCACAAUUUUUAGAAAAUUUAACAGAUGAUGAACUGAAAAAAGAAGCAAAGAAUGAAGCCAAAAAUGAUGCUCUGUCAAUGAUAAUCAAAUCUCUAAAGAACUUAGCUUCAAGAGUUCCAGGACAAGAAGAAACUGUAAAAAACUUAGAAAUAUUUAGGUUAAAAAUGAUACUUAGGUUGUUACAAAUUUCUUCUUUCAAUGGUAAAAUGAAUGCACUAAAUGAAGUUAACAAAGUAAUAUCCAGUGUGUCAUAUUACACUCAUCGUCAUGGUAAUCCUGAAGAGGAAGAAUGGCUUACAGCUGAAAGAAUGGCAGAAUGGAUCCAGCAGAAUAAUAUUUUAUCAAUUGUGUUGAGAGAUAGUCUUCAUCAACCUCAGUAUGUAGAGAAGUUAGAGAAAAUUCUUCGUUUUGUCAUCAAAGAGAAAGCCCUCACUUUGCAGGAUCUUGACAACAUUUGGGCUGCACAGGCAGGAAAACAUGAAGCCAUUGUAAAAAAUGUACAUGAUCUCCUUGCAAAAUUAGCUUGGGAUUUCUCUCCUGAACAGCUUGAUCACCUGUUUGAUUGUUUUAAGGCAAGUUGGACAAAUGCAAGCAAGAAACAGCGUGAGAAACUACUUGAGUUAAUUCGUCGUCUCGCAGAGGAUGACAAGGAUGGUGUGAUGGCACACAAAGUGCUGAAUCUUUUGUGGAAUUUGGCUCAUAGUGAUGAUGUACCAGUCGAUAUCAUGGACCAGGCUCUUAGUGCCCAUAUUAAGAUCUUAGAUUACAGCUGUUCACAGGAUCGAGAUACACAAAAGAUCCAAUGGAUAGAUCGUUUCAUAGAAGAGCUUCGCACAAAUGACAAAUGGGUCAUUCCUGCACUGAAACAAAUUAGAGAAAUUUGCAGUUUGUUUGGUGAAGCACCACAAAACUUGAGUCAGACUCAGCGAAGUCCCCAUGUGUUUUACCGACAUGACUUAAUCAAUCAACUUCAGCACAAUCAUGCCCUAGUUACAUUGGUUGCAGAAAAUCUCUCUGCCUACAUGGAAAGCAUGAGGCAGUAUGCUAAAGAGCAUGGUGAAUAUGAUCCUCAAACUGUAAGACCGGGAAGCAGAUACAGUCAUGUGCAGGAAGUACAGGAGCGACUGAACUUUCUACGAUUUUUAUUGAAGGAUGGUCAGCUGUGGCUCUGUGCCCCUCAGGCGAAGCAAAUAUGGAAGUGUUUAGCUGAAAAUGCAGUUUAUCUUUGUGAUCGCGAAGCCUGUUUUAAAUGGUAUUCCAAACUAAUGGGGGAUGAACCAGACUUAGACCCUGACAUUAAUAAGGACUUCUUUGAAAAUAAUGUGCUUCAGCUGGAUCCUUCCCUAUUAACAGAAAAUGGAAUGAAAUGUUUUGAACGUUUCUUCAAAGCUGUGAACUGUCGAGAAGGAAAACUAGUAGCAAAGAGACGAGCCUAUAUGAUGGAUGAUCUGGAAUUAAUAGGAUUAGACUACCUUUGGAGGGUUGUGAUUCAGGGAAAUGAUGACAUUGCAAACAGAGCAAUAGAUCUUCUUAAAGAGAUCUAUACUAAUCUUGGCCCAAGGUUACAAGUUAAUCAG